AAUUAAAAACUGGUUUAGAUUUUCAGACAAUGAUUCUCUCUUAUAUGAAUAUCAUGGUUAGUCUUCACUCCUUGGAAGUUCAAAUCCCUCUCUCUCUCUCUAACAAAAUGGGUUGCGUUCCUAUACAUCUCUUUCUCUCUCUCUAUCUACUCCUCCUUACCCAAAUCUGCGCCGAUCAGACGGCUAAAACCUACAUCAUCAGAGUCGACAGCUCAUCUAAGCCGUCCGUUUUCCCAACUCACUACCACUGGUACACAGCGGAGUUCACUGAGCCCGCAGCGAUUCUCCACGUAUACGACACCGUUUUCCACGGCUUCUCCGCCGUGCUAACUCCGUUUCAGGCCUCCACCGUCCUCAAACACCCCUCCGUCCUCACCGCAUUCGAGGACCGCCGCCGGGAGCUGCACACCACGCGCUCGCCGCAGUUCCUCGGCCUCAGGAACCAGCGCGGGCUCUGGUCCGAGUCCGACUACGGCUCCGAUGUCAUAAUCGGGAUCUUCGACACUGGAAUUUGGCCGGAGCGCCGCAGCUUCUCCGAUCUGAACCUCGGCCCCGUGCCGAGGCGGUGGAGAGGCACGUGUGAGGCUGGAGUGAGAUUCACUAAGAGGAAUUGCAACAGGAAAAUCGUCGGAGCUAGGUUUUUCGACAAGGGGCACCAGGCGGCGUCCGGAUUUGGGGGAUUUAUCGGUGGAAUCAACGAGACCGUCGAAUUCAAGUCGCCGAGAGACGCCGAUGGACACGGCACGCACACCGCCUCCACGGCGGCGGGGAGGUACGCCUUUAAAGCGAGCAUGGAGGGUUACGCCGCCGGAAUCGCGAAAGGAGUCGCACCGAAGGCGCGCCUCGCCGUCUACAAGGUCUGCUGGAAGAAUGCAGGCUGCUUUGAUUCGGAUAUUCUCGCGGCGUUCGACGCCGCCGUGAACGACGGCGUCGACGUGAUAUCGAUCUCAAUCGGCGGCGGAGAGGGGAUCUCCUCCCCUUACUACCUCGAUCCCAUUGCAAUCGGCGCAUACGGGGCCGUUUCGAGGGGGAUUUUCGUCUCCUCCUCAGCUGGCAACGACGGCCCCAACGGGAUGUCAGUGACCAACCUCGCGCCGUGGCUCACCACCGUCGGUGCCGGCACAAUCGACCGCGAUUUCCCCGCGGACGUCAUCCUCAGCGAUGGCAGGAAAUUCUCCGGCGUGUCCCUCUACUCCGGCGCGCCCCUCAACGGCAAAAUGCACAAUUUAAUUUACCCGGGAAAAUCAGGGGUGCUCUCCGCCUCCCUAUGCAUGGAGAACUCGCUCGAUCCAAACGAAAUCAGGGGGAAAAUCGUCAUCUGCGACCGUGGCAGCAGCCCCCGCGUCGCCAAGGGUUUAGUCGUGAAGAAAGCUGGCGGCGUUGGGAUGAUCCUCGCCAACGGCGUCUCCAACGGCGAGGGUUUAGUCGGCGACGCUCACUUAAUCCCUGCUGUCGCGCUCGGCUCGGCCGAGGGCGACGCGAUCAAAACCUACCUCGCGUCGAACCCGUCCGCCACCGCCACCAUCUCCUUCCGUGGCACGGUGAUCGGAAUCAAGCCGGCGCCGGUGGUGGCCUCGUUUUCGGCCCGGGGGCCGAACGGAUUAAACCCAGAGAUUCUUAAACCGGAUUUAAUCGCCCCCGGAGUCAACAUUUUAGCCGCCUGGACCGACGCAGUCGGUCCGACCGGGCUCGACUCCGACAACCGGCGGUCAGAGUUUAAUAUCUUAUCGGGCACGUCCAUGGCGUGCCCCCAUGUAAGCGGCGCAGCGGCCUUGCUAAAAUCCGCACAUCCGGAUUGGUCGCCGGCUGCGAUCCGGUCGGCCAUGAUGACGACGGCGAGCCUCACCGACAACUCGUCGACUGCAAUGCUGGACGAGUCGAGCAAGAAACGCGCCACCCCCUACGACUUCGGCGCAGGCCACAUGAAUCUCGAUCGCGCCAUGGAUCCCGGCUUGGUCUACGAUAUGUCGAACGUGGACUACGUGAAUUUCCUCUGCGCAAUUGAAUAUGGGCCGAAGACGAUCCAGGUGAUCACGCGGUCGCCGGUGCAUUGCCCGGCAAGGAAGCCGGCGCCGGAGAAUCUCAACUACCCUUCCAUCGCGGCCCUAUUUCCGAGCGGGGGAAGCCGGGUGGCGAGCAAGACGUUCUUUAGAAUGGUGACGAAUGUGGGGGAGGAGGCGAACGCAGUGUACAGAGUAAAGGUCGAUCCGCCCAAGGGCGUGAGCGUUACCGUGAAGCCCGGGAAGCUCGUCUUCUCGGAGGGGGUGAGGAAGCUCGGCUACUUCGUCACGGUCACCAUCGACGGCAAGAAUCUUGUGAUGGAUGAUUCCGGUGCGGUGUUUGGGGCUCUUUCGUGGAUGGAUGGGAAGCAUGUGGUGAGAAGUCCCAUUGUAGUUACUCAAAUUGAACCUUUGUGAGAAUCAAAAAGAUUUUUCAAUCAUGUAAGAAAUCUUGAUGGUGGGGCGAAAGGGGAGAAGGGAGUGUUAGUGUGAUGUUUAACUAUUUGCUUGUAAAUUUUGUUUUUCGUUUUUGUUAGUUAACUAAGUUGUUUGAGUUGAGAUUAAUGUUGUGAUGAUGUGUUUAUAGGUGAUAUGUUUGUUUAGUGAUCAUGUUGUUGUCCAAGAAUAGAGAGAGAAGUUCUUGUUAAUGACAGAGACUUGUUUUGUUUUUUU